AUGGAGCCCGGCGGGGACCACCGGAGCCGGAGCGGCGGCGGCAGGGGCGGCCCCGGGCCAGCAGUGGCCUCGGCACGGGGCCGACGGCUGCCGCCCGCCGGGUCUAGCGGCGGCGCGGAGCCCGACGAGGACGAAGGCGGGCAAGAUCUUCAGCUGGAAGGGGGUGCCUUGGGGUCCUGGGGGAGUGCCCCCCUGCCCUCCUCUAGGGCCAGGGGACCAGCAUCUUCAGGCAGGAAAUACUCAGACCACUGUGAGGCCCGGGCCUCGAGACCUGGAAAGAGCCGCAUCCCUGGCCGUGACCACCGGCGCUACUACCAUGACCACUGGCGGCUGGAGUACCUGAUGGACUUCAACCCUGCGAGGCAUGGCAUGGUGUGCAUGGUGUGCGGCAGCUCCCUGGCCACCCUCAAGCUCAGCACCAUCAAGCGGCACAUCCGCCAAAAGCACCCCUACUCCCUGCAUUGGAGUCCCCGGGAGAAAGAAGUCAUCAGCAACAGCUGGGAUGCCCACCUGGGGCUGGGGGCCUGUGGAGAGGCUGAGGGCCUGGGGGUCCAGGGGGCUGAGGAGGAGGAGGAGGAAGAGGAAGAAGAGGAGGAGGAGGGGGCCAGCCUCCCAGCUUGCCCGCCCAAGGGCCCAGGCAAAGCCCCAGCUGGUGGGGGCUGCCGGCGCCAGCGGCGAGGGGGCCCAGUGGCACCCCGGGCUCGGCGUCUGCGCCUCUCAGCUUCCCGGAGGGCCGGGGGCAGCAGGGGGCUGGGGGCCCGGCGCCUGGAGAGGAGGCUGAAGGAGUCCCUGCAGAACUGGUUCCGGGCAGAGUGUCUCAUGGACUAUGACCCGCGGGGGAACCGGCUGGUGUGCAUGGCCUGUGGCCGGGCACUGCCCAGCCUGCACCUGGACGACAUCCGUGCCCACGUGCUGGAGGUGCACCCCAGCUCUCUGGGGCUCAGCGGCCCCCAGCGCAGUGCCCUGCUGCAGGCCUGGGGUGGCCAGCCUGCGGCACUGUCUGAGCUCACCCAGUCCCCAGCAGACGACGACCUCGUCCCCCAGGACCUGACCAGAAAGAGCCGGGACUCGGCCCCCGCUGCUGGAGCCCCCUCCUCUCAGGAUCUCAGCCCCCCAGACGUAAAGGAAGAGGCUGGCUGGGUCCCUGAGAGGCCCGGGCCGGCAGAGGAGGAGGAGCUGGAGGAGGGCGAGGGCGAGAGGGUGGGGGUCCCGGGCGGGUCGCCACGGGGCCGAGACCACCGCCGCCACUACCAGGAGCGUUGGCGGCUGGAGUACCUCAUGGAGCUGGACGGCGGCCGGCGCGGCCUGGUGUGCAUGGUGUGCGGGGGCGCGCUGGCCUCGCUCAAGAUGAGCACCAUCAAGCGGCACAUCCGCCGGCGCCACCCGGGCUCCACCCGCCUCAGCGGGCCGGUCAAGGCCCGCAUCGCCCAGGAGUGGAGCGAGAAGGCCGCCCACCUGCUGGCCCUGGGGCUGCCCUGCCCCGCUUCCCCCCGGGGCCCUGCCGCCCCCGGCACAGCUGCGGCCUCCGAGGAGGGGGGAGGGGACGAGGAGGAGCCAGAGGAGGAGUGGUGGGGCGACGUCCCGCUCUCCCCUGGGGCUCCGUUGGAGCCGGCCGCCGAGGAAGAGGAGGACGACGACGACAGUCAGGAGGCCGGGGGACUCGUGUUGCCGCUGCCGCCGCCGCCGCCUCCCCCGCCGCCGCCGCCCCGCAGCCGGGAGCAGCGACGGAACUACCAGCCGCGCUGGCGGGGCGAGUACCUGAUGGACUACGACGGCAGCCGGCGCGGCCUGGUGUGCAUGGUGUGCGGGGGCGCGCUGGCCACGCUCAAGGUGAGCACCAUCAAGCGGCACAUCCUGCAGGUGCACCCCUUCUCCAUGGACUUCACGCCCGAGGAGCGCCAGACCAUCCUGGAGGCCUACGAGGAGGCGGCGCUGCGCUGCUACGGCCACGAGGGCUUCGGGCCGCCCGCCCCGGCCCCGCGCGACGGCGGCGCGGACUUAAAGCCGGGCGCCGUGUGCCGGGCGUAG